UCAACAUAACCUUUAUUGUAAUAUAGAAACACAUUAGAAAGAAAUAAUAGACAUAAUUUAUUCUUGGAAAUAAUACAUUACAUAAAAAUACAAUAUAAGGACAUGUUGGCUUCUAAAGAAGUAUUGUGUUUUCCAAAAUUUGUUAGGUUAAAUUCCACAACAUCAGCUGUAUUUAUUAACAGAAAUCCAAGAAAUCUUGAACGAAUGAGAAUAGCCCGAAAACCAGACGGUUAUCAUUUGGACAAACCCGGUAGGAAGUUUUGGCACAAAUUGGUAUUAACACCCAGCAAUAGAACUGUUAAAGCAGAAGUUGUGCAUUAUAUCAACGGUCCUAUUAUAGAAGCCAAGACAUCUGAAAAAGCCCUGCGCAAUCAGCUCUACAGUAUGACAGACACAUGUGCUUAUAUCAAUUUGGGGAAGGUGUUUGCACAGAGAUGCCUUGAGUGUGGAAUAACAGAAAUGCAUUGUGACAUAGAACCCGGUAAAGGUGAAAAAGUUGAAAAAUUUCUGGAACAAGUUGUAAAAGGUGGAAUUCAGCUGAAGGAAGUAGAUGUAUACAAAAAACCAUUACCAUGGGACCAACAUAGACCAGAAAAACCAUGGGAGGUCAUUGAGGAGUAAUCAUUUACUAGUUUAGAUAUUGUAAUGUUAAAAUUAUAGUAAAUCAUUAGUUUAUUUA